CCUAUUUAUAGUAGUAUUUGUAAAUCUAACUAUUUAUAUGUAUAUAUAAUAUCAUCAUUCAUUGUUUUAUUCAUAUUUAUUUUUUGACUCUUGCAACCUAUACCUAACUAAGUUAUUACUUGCAGAUACAGAUAGCAUAGUAAUUUACUAGUAAAUUGUAGGUACCUAAUUAGCCAUUACCUACUUAUGGAUGACGGAUGUAUAAUUUAUGUAUUCAUAUAGCUAGUAUAUAUCUUACACAAAAUUGAAUGGUUGAAAUGAUUGUACAUUUUCUUUUUUUUCUCUUGGACUUAAAAGCUUACAAUUGCUUAAAUAUCAGAAAUAUACCUUAUGUUUUAAUGUUUUACUAAAUUCAAGUUAGAUUGGGUAUUAAGUUAACAGGAAAUAUGAAUAACCAAUUGAUUAUUGAUAAUUUUCAAAUUGAAUUACUUAAGUAGGUACCUACCAAUUAGAUCACCUAACCCUUAUAAUUUUGUAUUUAUAAGUUGAAUGCAUGUUUUGUAAUUUCGCAGUGGGUCGUAGGAUAUUUUACAAAAGAAAAUAAAUAUUCGGUGAUUCCAUUCACUUGGAUUUUAAACUGCGGUAAUGUUAACUUAUCUAAGUGGCCAAUAUCUGGCAUAGUAAACACAAUGAUUACCGAAGCAAGUGAUCCAGAGCUAGAUUGGCCAACAUUCCCAGUGAAAAUAGUUUCACAAAUUUUCAACAAAUUUGAAGAUGCUAAAUUAAAAGAAAAAGAAUUAUUCUUGUCUGCGUCAGAAUCUGAAAGCCCAGGAAAAAAAAAGAAGAAGAAAAAGGCUUAUCCUGCACAAACCGUAGAAGAUAGUGACAGUGCUUGUAGUAGUACACAUACAACUCCAAUAAAAGUGUUAAAAUCAAACCACACAGUGGACUUACAACAAAGUGGAUCUUCAAACUAUAUUGAACUGCAAAACAACCAAUUUUCCAAUCAGUUAUUGCCCAUCAACUUUAUUUCUUCAUCUAUGGACACUUUUCAGUAUGAUACUGAAUGUUAUACCGUCGAAAAAGAAUUGCCUGUGACUUUGAAUGAAUUUAACAUUCCAAGUGUGGAUCAUUCCAUGUCAAACAUACAAACAGAAAAUCAAGAAGAGUCAAUUAAUAAGUAUGAUGACAAUAUGAUGCAAAAUGUGUUUAAAAAUGUAAUUUCUAUACUUGCAUAUGUAAAACGGUUGGACAGCAAAAUAGAUUCAUUUAUUCAAACUAAUCCAAAUAUAAAAACAAAUCUAACUGCAAAUAAUGUCUUUGAAAAAAUAUUUCCAUUUAAAAACGUAGAAGCUGUGGAGGACAUGGAAAAUAAAUUAAAUCUGGAUGAAAACACUGCUGUUCAAUUGAAAAAUUUCCUGCUACAAAUCGGGGGCACAGGUCUUAAAAAUUUUAUUAAAAGGGUGUUGGAAAGAUUAUUUACUAAUCAACUAUCCACAAAAUAUUCAUGGACAGGUUUUAAAGAUAACAACGCGCUAAAAAAUUUGAAAAUUAUGAAAAUCAUGAAAGAUGUUGCCAUUAGUACUUUUUCUGAGACUGAAGCUAAUUUUGAAGCACAUACUAAAGAUUGGUUCCGUCAUGGCUCUCAAAGAUAUACCAGAGAACAACAAAAAUAAUCUUCAUAAGCAUUACAUUUUUAAGUAUUUAUUACAUUAAAAGGUAUUAAUUUUAUUUUAUUUAUUUUUUUAAAAAAGG